UAGGUACACCGCCAUUUUUAGGUGUACCUAAUCACAGGUCACUUCAUUAGGGAAAAAUCAUGGUGAAAGCUUAACUGAAAGUGAAAAGUGCCACACCCGCCCUCACCCCCACUUUCUGAUUGGCUGUUUGAUCUGUGAUGUCACUCGGACUCUCCAUUAGGUACACCGCCAUUUUUAGGUGUACCUAAUCACAGGCCACUUCAUUAGGGAAAAAUCAUGGUCAAAGGUUAACUGAAAGUGAAAAGUGCCACACCCGCCCUCACCCCCACUUUCUGAUUGGCUGGUUCAUCUGUGACGUCACUCGGACUCUCCAUUAGGUACACCGCCAUUUUUAGGUGUACCUAAUCACAGGUCACUUCAUUAGGGAAAAAUCAUGGUCAAAGCUUAACUGAAAGUGAAAAGUGCCACACCCGCCCUCACCCCCACUUUCUGAUUGGCUGUUUGAUCUGUGAUGUCACUCGGACUCUCCAUUAGGUACACCGCCAUUUUUAGGUGUACCUAAUCACAGGCCACUUCAUUAGGGAAAAAUCAUGGUCAAAGGUUAACUGAAAGUGAAAAGUGCCACACCCGCCCUCACCCCCACUUUCUGAUUGGCUGGUUCAUCUGUGACGUCACUCGGACUCUCCAUUAGGUACACCGCCAUUUUUAGGUGUACCUAAUCACAGGUCACUUCAUUAGGGAAAAAUCAUGGUCAAAGCUUAACUGAAAGUGAAAAGUGCCACACCCGCCCUCACCCCCACUUUCUGAUUGGCUGGUUGAUCUGUGAUGUCACUAGGACACUCCAUAAGGUACACAGGUGUCAAACUCUAGUCCUCGGGGGGCCGCGUUCCAAUAUGUUUUCCAAGUUACCCUUGUUAAACACACCUGCGUGAAAAGAUUUUGGUCAUUUCACGUUCUGCAGGAGAUAAAACUUUUCACGUCUAAAAGCACAUUGAGAUACGUGCGCACACCUGGGAUUGAACCAAGUGCUUACUGGGUAAGAGGCCUUGUCAUUAACCAGUCGCCUAUUUCGACCUGGCAAUCCAUGGCCGUCUGCACGAGGUGGCACCAGCUUCAAUGCGCAUUACCGACACCUACUGGUUGAAAUCAUAUUAAAUGAAAAAAGAACGAAUCCCUUUAUGAAGUUAUUCGUUCACUCUCGUUCACUGAAAGUAUUCGCUCUUUUGAACGAAUCGUUCACUCACGAGCCAAACACUACAGUGACGCUUUGACCAUGACACUUCCCUAAUGAAGUGGCCUGUUAUUAGGUACACCUCAUGGACAGUUUAAUAGGUACACCACACGAGGUAAAAUAAAUAAAUAAAUAAAUAAAUGUAGCGAACAAUUUGGUGACCGAUUGUUUUGAACCCUAACCCCUAACCCCCUAACACCCUAACCCUAACCCUAACCCCAAACCUAACCCCUAACCCUCACCCCUAACCCCCUAAUCCUAACCCCAACCCUAACCCUAACUCUUUUGAGUGAACUGAUUCUAAAGAUUAGGAAGAAAAUUAGUAAUUCACAUUUAAAUACCGCCCUCUAGUGGAAAACGUGACAACUUAACCAUGUGACAACAAGCCCCACUUUCCAUAAUAACAUUUAUUUCAAUGUAGUGGUUAUUAAAUUGUGACAUUUUUCCAUUAGGAACACAAUGUUUUCCAUCAUGUUCGUGAUGGGAUCUUUGUUCAUGUACUAUCAGGCUUGUGCUGCCGACUCGUCAGACUCGGCUGCAGCAAAAUAUUGCCAGGGGCUCGAUACCAAAGGAAAAGAAGUGGUAGUGGUGCAUGAUGGCCAAAAACAAACAGUUGUAGGUUGUCUAAUAUACAACGGUAAAUACUUGUGCAACUGCUCUAAUGGGUGCACUCGGACUAAUGAGCCGUGCUGCUGCAGUGAAAGAAUAUGCAAAAACAAGGUGAUGAAAUCCACAACAGUUUGCUUACCCAACGUCCAAGACAAACUCACUGGAACUUCAAAACUAAAUGGAACCAUGUGGGAUUUAAACAAAAUUAAACAGCUUGAAACUGCCUUUCAAGAACUUCACGGUUUUCAACACUUGAACAUUACUGGUCUGAGCCUGUCCAACCGUUCUCUGGACUUUGAAGUGGGUCUUAACAACAAAUUUGCAACGUCGAGACUCCAGGGCAUUGUGUCGACAUUGGAAGCCAAUCUUGGAGCUAAUUUCAGGAUCACCUUAUCAGACAAUGUCACCAUCGAAUCAACAGAAACAUGUGUACCUUACAUGUCAGAGGCAACACUGAAAUGUACUUUAGAAGGGGUAUCGAAGAAGUCGAGCUGGAAAAUCAUCAGGAGGAACGAGUAUUUUGAGCUCAACAAUGGCAGUGUGGUGAAACUCGACUCAAAAUGUGCCACAAAUAAAUCUUGCACUGCCGUUACACUUCAUAAUGUAACAAACAUCUGGGCGGGCACGUAUGAAUGUGAAUUCACAAGUGGGUCACUCAGACAUACGGCAAGGAAAGAAUUAAAAGUGGCGACCCUGCCCGAAGAUAUCGCCAUGACAGCUGAACCUGUUACUGUGGACUGCUCUAAAAAACAAAGUACUCAAAAUGUUACAGUAACUGCCACAGUCCAAAACAACAAUGAGACCUAUAAAGUCAUGUGGAGCUACAAAGUUGGAGAUAAAAUACAAUCACCCACAGCGGACUCACUGGAUUACAAUUUCACAGCUGUUAUCAGUUGCCAGGAAACCAGUGAAGCACAUUAUGUGACAGUCACCUUUAAAAACAUCAAGGAUCAAGAAAAAAGUGCAAGACUGGACAUUCCAGUAAUUUAUGUGGGUAAGAAAUUUUGCAAAGAAGAUGAUUUGUGGCCCAGGACCCCAGAUGGAGACACAGUGUUUAAUCGAAAGUGUCCAAAGGGCAGAGUUGGCUACGAGUCCCGCACUUGUAAAGGAAACAAGUGGCAGCCAGUGUUCUCCAAUUGUGUCAGCAACCAUUUGUUUACCAUUUUGCAAGUUGCAGAGAACUACAUGAAAGGACAAGGGGCAACUCCAAAGAGGGCCAAAUCUAUUUUUGAGGGACUUCGGGACAGUUCGAUGUCGGAUUCAAAUUCAAUAGACAAGAUGACUGACCUUACUGUCUCUAUCCAUAUUCUUGAGUUGAUGGCUAAAGCAUCAGAAAUCAAUACCCUGGAUAACUGUGUCUUACAGGUCUUCGUUGAUGCAGCAAGUAAUAUGUUGGCCCAAACCUGGGCUGGAGUCAACGAGUCCAUUAUUUAUAACCUGUCAUCAAAUUAUCUUUGGUCUGUGGAAGGUUUAGUGAAGAACAUCCAAAUCAACCAAGGUCAAAGAUUGACCUCUCCAAAUUUAGAGGUCACUGUGUGCCCAGGUGGUAACUGUGAAGUGACUUCGUACAAUACCACAAUAUAUAUGAACAGGUCCUCUGGAAUUUUGAAAAUACUUGCUGUGAAAAAUCUGACGGAUAAAUUACAGAAUGACUUCCCAUACACGGUGCCAUCACCAGUUUUGAUAUCUGCAACACUGGAGGAUAAUGAUGAAUCAUCUGUAAGAAUUAGGUUGAAAUUUAACAAGGAUUUGCAGAACUCUGGAAAAACUUUCUGUGUUUUUUGGAACACCACAGGGAGAUGGUCAGAAGAAGGAUGCAGAGCAAUGGUUAGUGGUAACGACAUCUUCUGUGAGUGCGACCACUUGACUCCAUUCUCUGCCAUGUUUGGCUACGAUAGUGAUUCGACACAACCUCUUGAACACCUUACAAUAGUUGGCCUGAGUGUGUCCAUUUGCUCCUUGCUUAUCUUUCUUAUCAUUCAGUGUCUGGUAUGGUCAGCAGUGGUCAAAACAAACCUUUCACAUUUUUACCACACAGCCAUGGUAAAUAUUGCCGUUUUCCUCUUGCUUGGCCACUGCAGUUUCUUGAUUUCCUCACUAACAACUGAUCUCUCAACGCAUCCUCCAUGGUGCGAAAUUGCGACGGUCUGCAAACAUCUCUUUUUCUUAGCCACAUUUUGCUGGAUGCUAUGUAUGAGCGUGAUGCUAGUCUACCAUCUGAUUUUUGUAUUCAACCCACUGAGCAAAAAUAUUUUUAUAUCUCUCUCCAGCAUAGUAGGCUACGUCUUCCCAAUGCUCAUAGUGGGAUCCACCUACAUGUAUUGCAAAUAUAGCGGCAAGCGGUACCACGACGAAAAAUGUUGGCUAGUUUCUGGAAAGGUCUUGCAGAGCUCUUUGUCUUCUUUUCUCUUCCCAAUUGGAGCCAUCACUCUGAUAAAUCUCUGUUGUGUGGUGGUUGUCAUUGUCACUCUGGUGAAGUCUCCAGUCCUCGAUAGCAGAAAUGCAGACUACAGGCAAACAGCCAAACGUAUCCUCAAGGUGAUAGUUUUUUUGACGCCAGUCUUUGGACUGACAUGGAUCGUAGGAUUCUUUCUCUUCACAGCAGACCUGGAAGGACCAUUUUUUGUCAUUGUGAACUACACUUUCAGCAUCCUCAAUUCCUUUCAGGGACUUUCUAUAUUGUUGUCAGGCUGUUUUGCGGAGCAGAAGGUUCGAGGGGAACUGUUGAAGCUUAUAAUGGUGAAUUCAAAAGGCAAAUUAACGAUAAAACAUCAACGGCAUGCAGGGAAGAAAAUUUAAUCCCCAGAUCAGCCACCUUUAUUGAGCUCUUUCCUACAUGUUUAAUUUUCUUUGUCUUUUCUUUUCUUUUUUUAAAUAGUAGAAUAUUGUGAUUGUUUUGUGUUGGGUGUUGCAAAAAUUAUAACAAUGCCCUCGUCUCAAUUUCCUUACAAAUUGACUCUGUGUGAAAUUUAGGCUUUUUUACGAAGUGAAAGCUACAUCUUGUUUUUUUACAAUAAUUUCUUCUAUCUUGUAAUUUUAGACUGUGAAUUGAGUGGCAAUGGCAAGAAUACCAUGUUUACGCUAAUUUGAACAUAGAACAUAAUAAGGCAAAUGUUAGAAAAAUGUAUAUAUAUGUUAUCAUGCGUUCUCUAAUCAAUGCCUUACUGCAAUAUUACUGCAAUAUAUGCUUGCUGUUUGGCCUUGCUGUUUUUAUGAUGUACCACAGAAGGACAGUUCCUUUCUAACAAAGACCACUUUGUUAGACAACAUGCCUCAUUGCUGUCCUGCACCCCAGAUGAACCUCCAAGUGACCAUUAAAGUCAGGGUUUUUCCUAACUAUCUUUAUCGUAGGAUUAGGUUGGAAUGUAUAUAACCAGUAAUAAAUAACUUAGCUUGUUGCAUCCUACACAAUGUCGUAAAACUUCCCUUGCUAUGUUUUAACUAGAGGUCAAAGGUUUUUUCUUUUGUAUCCAGUCCACUCAAACUCCUCUUCCCAGAUGUUCUUAUCAGUAUGUAAACACCUAGUGUCUCACACUGUGGGUAGGGCGAAUCCAAAUAAAAAGAGCGGGAGUGCCUACAGAUUUUUAGUGUGUGUAGAGAUUGUCUCAAGCU